AUGGGGCCUCUUUUUAUUGUCCCAUCCAGACGACUAGAUGCUUUUUCCAUGUCAGUCCCUUUGAUCUGCAUCACAAGGGGAAACCAGGUUUUAAAACCUGAAGGUUUUAUCUCAUCCUAUUAUCCCAGGAUUGAACCCCGAAUUUCAGGAGGGAGUCCAUCAAGUGAUGCUUUUGAUGAUGAUGAUGAAUCCAGACCAGAGUCCUUCAUGGCCAGUUCACCAGUUACAGGAAAAAAUCUUCCUUUUCCAUCAGAAUUUAAUUAUUCUGAUUCUGAUAAUGAUAAUGAUGAUGACUCAAUGGAAGAAAUUACAGUAUAUAUUGAAUCACGUUCUCGCAUUUAUGGGGCUACACCAGAUUCUGGUUGGGUGGGUGAUAGUGAGCAGACAUCAAUAUCAGGACAUGAUGAUAGACUGGGUGAAAGUCGUAAAGAUAGUAUGAAGAUCAGUAUUGAUUUAGAUAAAUCUAGCAAGGUUAAACAGAGACCUGUAUCAUCAUUUGUAGAAAGAAGACUUUAUAGAGAUAAAUUAAAACCCAAUCAACAAAUAUUGUCAGAUGCAGAAAUUAGAGAUAUAACAGAGAAAGAAGAUCUACACAUAGCCUUUAAUGAAGCUUAUCAUAGAUAUCAAAAGCUGAGCAGCACCCCUAUCACACCUGGUAAUAUACACCAAAAGAAUGAUGUCAAAUUUGAUGAUAACUGGCAUGAAAGAUAUAUCGAAAGACACAUGUUAUUAAGAAUGCAGAAAGAAUUACGUGCUCAUGAAGCAGCAUUAAAACGUAAACAGAAAGAAACUGAAGAUAGAAAUAAAAGGCGUUUAUUACUUGGUCUGAAUGAUUUUGAUGAAGACUAUCAAGAUACAAGACAGUAUUAUCAACAGACCUCACCAGCACACAGAGAGAUACCAUUACAGUACCGACAUAUCAGACAAACACCUCAUGCACCACAAACUACACCAACUAACAGUCGACCUCAUACAGCAUUACCUGCUUUCAGACGUCUCAAUACCAUGUCUCAUUCAGACAACAGUUCAGCCAAACGUAGACCAAAAACUGCCACAUCAUAUCGUGACAGAGAUCCAAAACUUCAGGAAGCCCAGAAACACUAUUCUGACAGAAACUUAUUUAAUGAAGGUAGAGAGCUUGUAGGAUCUGUGCCAAGAUCACCUUACGAAGCAAAACCUACACAUCUAACAAUUUAUAAAGAUGGAGAUACUAACAAGAUGUCCAGAACACAAUCAUCUAUGUCUAAGAAAAGCCAAAGGAGUUCUAAAAUUUCUGGACCACAAACUGGUGUAGACUUCACUAGAUAUGAUCAACAAGAACAAAGUAAAACACCAUCUAAGAUUGAUCCCCAUACAGACAAGAUAUUAAAACAUAUGUCUCAUUACCAAAGUGAAAUGUUUGAUGAUGUUGAUUUUGAAGAUAGAAUCAAUACACCUUAUAGAUUCGCAAAACAGGGAAAAGAUCCUGUACCAAACAUGAAAUUGCAAAAGCUGAAAACAGCUAUUGAUUCUAAACAAAUAGAUCCCAGAAACCCUGAAGCCAUGAGACCAAAGUCAAGUAAAUCUAUACCUAGUAAAUGCAGUCAAUAUGUUUUAUUGUCCAAGCCUAAAGAGAAAUCACUUUAUCCUUUACCAACACCAUUAGAAGAGCAAUUAUUAGCUGAGAGAUUUCCUAUGUUGGGAAAUAAAGUAUAUGAACAUUUUGAAGGAAUGAUCGUGAGACAUAGAAAACCUGAAUAUAAUAUUGAUUACUCACCAUUUGCGAGAGAACUUUAUGGUUGA